CUGCGAGCCGGGCGGCCCUCGCGCCCGGGGGCUGGUGAGGCUGGGCCCGAGCGGGGGCGCUGGCGAGUAGCGGGGGCUUCUGAGGGAGCGGAAAGUGAAAGAUCUAGGGCUCCCGUAGCGGCCUGUGAGCGAGCUCGGCAGGGUCGUGGAUGGGGGAGGGAGGCCCCCGUGGCAGAACGGGUUGCAGGGCCAAGACGAGCCCCGCCGGGCUGAGUGUCCCUGCGGCAGCCGGCGCAGGUGCUCACGACCGCUGUGGGAUUCCUUGGUAGCCUCGGUGUCCUCCUCCUUUAGACACUGCUGUUGCCAUGAAAACAGUUGGGAAUUAACGGGAAUCGGACCAGCCACUAGCCUUUCUAGGGCCCAUCUUAUCCUUUCAAUUGAUCGCCUCUGGCAGGUGUGGGCCUGGCAUUUCUUCGCAGCUCAGGCUUUUUAACACCCCCUUUACCUGAGUCUGUCCUUAAGGCGUUUUAGGAAAUCGCGCAGGGCUUGAAGGUGGGAAUGAGGCUAAAGGAGAGGGCAGGUACCUAGAGAUAAGAGCUGCAGGCACGGCUAGGCAGAAGGUAAGGUGGCCUCUACCAUCUCAGGUCAGUGAGAGGGCAUACUGGAAGGGCCUGUGGAGUGGGAAAGCAUUGCCGCUGUUGAGGCAAGUCCCAGGAUUGGGCCAGGAGCUGUCCCAGGGGCUCCUCAUCAUGAUGGCUGUGGAGGGGUCAACCAUUACCAGCCGGAUCAAGAACCUUCUGCGAUCCCCGUCCAUCAAAUUACGCAGGAGUAAGGCAGGAAACCGGCGAGAGGACCUCAGCUCCAAGGUGACCUUGGAGAAGGUGCUUGGAAUUACAGUGUCUGGAGGCAGAGGACUUGCCUGUGACCCCCGAUCAGGUUUAGUUGCCUAUCCAGCUGGGUGUGUGGUUGUGCUGUUCAAUCCCCGGAAACACAAACAGCACCACAUCCUCAACAGUUCCAGGAAAACCAUCACCGCCCUUGCCUUCUCUCCUGAUGGCAAGUAUUUGGUCACUGGAGAGAGUGGGCACAUGCCUGCCGUGCGCGUUUGGGAUGUGGCAGAGCACAGCCAGGUGGCUGAGCUGCAGGAGCACAAGUAUGGUGUGGCUUGUGUGGCCUUCUCCCCGAGCGCCAAGUACAUCGUCUCUGUGGGCUACCAGCAUGACAUGAUCGUCAACGUCUGGGCCUGGAAGAAAAAUAUCGUGGUGGCCUCCAAUAAGGUGUCCAGUCGGGUCACCGCGGUGUCCUUCUCUGAAGAUUGCAGCUACUUUGUCACUGCUGGUAACCGGCAUAUCAAAUUCUGGUACCUUGAUGACAGCAAGACCUCAAAGGUUAACGCCACUGUGCCCCUGCUGGGCCGCUCAGGGCUGCUGGGCGAGCUGCGGAACAACCUGUUCACUGACGUGGCCUGUGGCAGAGGGAAGAAGGCAGACAGCACCUUCUGCAUCACGUCCUCAGGGCUGCUGUGUGAGUUCAGUGACCGGAGGCUUCUGGACAAGUGGGUGGAGCUGAGAACCACCGUGGCCCACUGCAUCUCCGUGAGCCAGGACUACAUCUUCUGUGGCUGCGCUGAUGGCACCGUGCGCCUCUUCAACCCCUCCAACCUGCACUUCCUCAGCACCCUGCCCCGGCCCCACGCCCUGGGGACAGACAUCGCCAGUGUCACGGAGGCCAGUCGCCUCUUCUCUGGAGCGGCCAAUGCCAGAUAUCCAGACACCAUCGCCUUGACCUUCGAUCCUACUAAUCAGUGGCUGUCUUGUGUGUACAACGACCACAGCAUUUAUGUUUGGGAUGUGAGGGACCCCAAGAAAGUGGGCAAGGUGUAUUCGGCUCUGUAUCAUUCUUCCUGCGUCUGGAGUGUGGAGGUCUACCCCGAAGUCAAGGACAGUAACCAGGCCUGCCUGCCCCCCAGUUCCUUUAUCACCUGUUCCUCCGACAACACCAUCCGCCUGUGGAACACAGAGAGCUCCGGGGUGCAUGGCUCCACGCUGCACCGGAACAUCCUCAGCAAUGACCUCAUUAAGAUCAUCUAUGUGGAUGGGAACACUCAGGCCCUGCUGGACACUGAGCUGCCCGGGGGAGACAAAGCUGAUGGGUCCCUGAUGGAUCCCCGCGUGGGCAUUCGUUCUGUGUGUAUCAGUCCCAACGGACAGCAUCUCGCUUCAGGGGACCGCGUGGGCACUCUCAGGGUGCACGAACUGCAGUCCCUAAAUGAGAUGCUGAAGGUGGAGGCCCAUGACUCGGAAAUCCUGUGCCUGGAGUACUCUAAGCCGAACACAGGUCUGAAGCUCCUAGCGUCAGCGAGCCGGGACCGGCUGAUCCACGUGUUGGAUGCUGGACGGGAGUACAGCCUACAGCAGACACUGGACGAGCAUUCAUCCUCCAUCACUGCUGUGAAGUUUGCAGCCAGCGAUGGGCAAGUCCGCAUGAUCAGCUGUGGAGCAGACAAGAGCAUCUACUUCCGCACUGCACAGAAGUCUGGAGAUGGAGUGCAGUUUACGCGGACACACCACGUGGUGCGGAAGACGACCCUCUACGACAUGGAUGUGGAGCCCAGCUGGAAGUACACAGCCAUCGGCUGCCAGGAUCGGAAUAUUCGGAUCUUUAACAUCAGCAGUGGGAAGCAGAAGAAACUGUUCAAAGGGUCGCAGGGUGAGGACGGCACUCUGAUUAAGGUGCAGACGGACCCCUCAGGGAUCUACAUCGCUACCAGCUGCUCCGACAAGAACCUCUCCAUUUUUGACUUUUCCUCAGGCGAGUGCGUGGCUACCAUGUUUGGCCACUCAGAGAUUGUCACUGGCAUGAAGUUUAGUAAUGACUGCAAACAUCUCAUCUCUGUAUCAGGGGACAGCUGCGUAUUUGUGUGGCGCCUGAGCUCGGAGAUGACCAUCAGCAUGAGGCAGCGACUGGCCGAGCUGCGCCAGCGCCAGCGCGGGGGCAAGCAGCAAGGAUCGUCCUCUCCCCAGAGGGCCGCUGGACCCAACCGGCCCGAGGCCCCCUCGAUGCUGUCUCCCGGACCAGCUCUCUCCUCAGACAGCGACAAGGAGGGAGAAGACGAGGGCACUGAAGAGGAGGAGCUUCCAGCCCUGCCCGUCCUUGCCACGGGCACCAAGAAAGAGCCAGCCUCGGUGCCCAGCCCAGCCCUGCCCCGAAGCCUGUCCCACUGGGAGAUGAGUCGGGCACAGGAGAUGGAGGAGUUCCUGGACCCAGCUCCUGCCACCAACCAAGGACCCAGAAGGAGGGGGCGCUGGGCUCAGCCAGGCGUGGAGCUGAGUGUUCGCUCUAUGCUGGACCUGAGGCAGCUGGAGACACUGGCCCCAGGACCUCGGGGCCCUCACCAGGACUCUCCGGCCAUGACCCCUUCAGGUCCUGGGAAGCACAGUCAGCAGGCCCCUGAGACCUCAAGUGUGAGCCAGAAUGAAAAGCUCCCCCGGCCUCAGGCUUCCCAACCCUGUUCCUGCCCCCACAUCAUCCGAUUGUUGUCCCAAGAGGAAGGGCUCUUUGCCCAAGAUCUGGAGCCUGCACCCAUCGAAGAUGGUAUUGUCUAUCCGGAGCCGGGUGACAGCCCCACCCUGGAUACCAGUGAGUUCCAGGUGCAGGCACCGAGCCGAGGGACCCUGGGAAGAGUGUAUGCAGACGGCAGGGGCUCAGAGAAGCACAGUCCUGACAGUGCGUGCUCUGUGGACUUCAGCAGCAGCCGCCUUUCCAGCCCUGAGCACCCCAAUGAAGACUCUGAGAGCACGGAGCCCCUGAGUGUGGACGGCAUUUCCUCAGACCUUGAAGAGCCAGCCGAGGGUGAUGAGGAAGAAGAGGAAGACGAGGGGGGCACUGGCCCCUAUGAGGUGCAGGAGGGCAGCCCCCAUACUCCGGACCAGGAGCAGUUUCUAAAACAACACUUCGAGACUCUGGCCAACGGGGCUGCUCCAGGGGGCCCAGUCCGGGUGCCAGAGCGGACAGAGUCUCGGAGCAUCUCUUCACGAUUCCUGUUGCAAGUGCAGAGCCCCCCACUCAGGGAACCGUCCCCAUCUUCCUCAAGCCUGGCAGUGACGUCAAGACUGGCCCAGGGGCUGCAGGCUUCUGGUGAGCAGCCAAGAGGCAUUGGUGCCAGUCCUCCAGGAGCACCCCCAGAGGCGGAGCCUUCCCCUGGAAACCCUGGCCCCCAGCAGGCAGUCCCUGUGCUACUGCCGCGACGCCGUCUCAGCCCGGACAGUGGCUGGUCCCCCAAGAGAGUGGCUGCAGCCGGCCCCAGAGGUGGACUCCAGAAAGCCCAGUCGGUGCAGAGUCUGGUACCACAGGAUGAGGCCCCUCCACCAGGCCUGUUGCUCUCACAGGAGAGGGAGGCCCAGGGGUGCCUGCGCUCCUUGCCCCAAGCUGAUCGCCGUCUGUCUCGGCCCCACUCGUACCAGAGCCCCACCACCAGUUCCAUGGCCAAGAUUGCCCGCAGCAUCUCUGUUGGGGAAAACUUGGGUCUGGCUGCUGAACAUCAAGCUCCUGCUCCCAUCCGCAUUUCACCACUCAACAAGCUGGCCCUGCCCAGCCGGGCUCACCUGGUCCUGGAUAUCCCGAAGCCACUGCCUGAUCGUCCCACCUUGGCCACCUUCUCACCUGCUACCAAGGGCCGGGCCCCUGAACCAGCAGUGAGCCUGGAGCAGUGCGAGCAGCUCGUGGCCGAGCUCCAGGGCAGUGUGCGCCAGGCCGUGCAGCUCUACCACUUGGUGGCCAACUGUAAGACACCCUCGGUGGAACAAAGUCGCAUCACCCAACUCCUCAGAAACACCUUCUCUUCAGUGCGGCAGGAGCUGGAGGCCCUGGCCGGGGCGGUGUUGGCCAGCCCGGGCGGGAGCCCUGGGGCUGUGGGGGCCGAGCAGACACAGGCCCUGCUGGAGCAAUACUCAGAGCUGCUGCUUCGAGCUGUGGAGCGGCGCAUGGAACGCAGACUCUGAGUUCCAGAAGCCUGUCCCCAGUGAAUGCUACCCCCCUUUCAAACUGCAUCUCUCCUCCACUCACCAAAACCUGCGAGGAUGCUUGGAGUGGAGAGCAGGGAUCCAUGCUCAGAGGGGCCAUGGCUUUCGCAGCUGUUCCUCACGGGACCCCUGUAUUUAUUAAUUUAUUUCCCUGACUGUUGCCUCACUCUCUUGGAACUCCUGCCUCCACAGCCAUCUGGUGGCUCACGCAGGGGCAGAUCUUGGUCUUUGUCAUCUUGGUGCUGUGAGGAGUCGGAGGACAGCCUGCCCUCCCUUCUUAGAAGCCAUUUGAAAUUACUGCAGGGAUCAGCUCCCUGGGGUGGAGCACACACAGGGUAUCCAGGGCAGGUAGAGGUGAGAGGUGAUCUGGUGUCCUUGCCCUCUGGCCAACGGCGGAACUUCACCUCUACCUCCAUGCCCCUCCCACACCAGCUUACUCCCCUGGUUGCCAGAGCGGGGGUUGUCUGUUUUUCCCACUUGUUGGCAGUUCAGAAAGGCAGAGCCCUCUGGCCCUCUGGAGCCCGCCCAGCCAUCAGGAGGCUUGAGUUGGUGUCAAGGCCUGAGCCCCCACAUUCCACUCCCAUUCCCCCUUCCAGGGGGGCCUAGCAUUGUCUCUUCCCGUGCCCCCUUUCUCUCCUGGCCGGAACUUGUGGAGCCAGCUGUGGGAUGUUGCUGCAGGACAGUAAAGCCCUCUGCUGGGCAAACAUCAAGCCCUGGCCUCCUAUCCUCAGCCCCUUGGCCUUCCCUGUUCUUCAGCCCUGGUCCCCAACAGGCUGCUGAAGCUGAGGCCACCUUCUCCCUGCAUCCUGAGUGAUGCUCAGUCAGAAGCCUGUGUUGGAACUUCCCUCGUAGUUUACAGGGCGCCGGCCCACCUUCUAAGGACCUUGGCCACAGAAGAAAUCUACACAAAUGCACACACACAUGCACAUACACACAUUGUUCACUGCUAGACCACUUGGCUGGCUGAUGUGUGCCUGCUUUCCUUUCACAUCCUGCCCUGGCUUCAUCACCCUGGCUCCUAUCAAGAAUAUGAAAAGGGAUAGAACAUGCUAAGCCUGGAUUCUGGAUUCCUGGUUUCACAGCCUAGCUGAUGUGUAAUGGCCCAGAGUAUCUGUUUUGGGUAGAAGGAGCCUCCUCAAGGGCGGUGCUGGGCACCAGGUGUGCUGGAUGCUGGAGGUUGAAGAGAGGGAGGCCCAUGGGGCUGCAGCAGGGCCAAGAGACACACUGGCAAGGUGGUAGGUGGGCCAGGUAAGUGGUAGAGGUGAGGGGAUAGAGUUAGGAGGGUAGUGUUAGGGGUGAGGGCAGGGAGCCAGGGCACAGAGGGCAAGUAGAGUAGGACCAAGUACAGAAGCAGCUGUGGAAGAGUUGGGGUGAAGAACGUGUCUCUAGGCCCUGCUGCUUUCACUGCCUCAGGUAAGUCAGGGCAGCUCUGCUGCAGCUCCCGGCUGGAAAGUGUGUCCCUAUGGGCUCUGCUGGCUCUGUGGGUGGAGGCUUGAAGGUGGAUUCUCAAGGGUGCCCAGCUCUGCUUGCAUUAAUCACCUGAACAGGUGAACCCUAUUUCACCCUUACUCUUUUCUACUACCACCACCUGCAUGGCCAAGCUGCCAAGAAAUCCUGGCCCAGGAACUCUCAGAGCUGAGUGUGGACCCCAAGAGGCCGCAGCUGCCCUUGUCAUAGUUAGAAAUCCGCUCCCCAUGUACCCCUAACCAGCACACCAGCCGCAGUCCACUGCAAGUGGGGCUCAGGCCUGGCCCUCGGGGCUGGGUUCCUGGCCACCCUCAGCCAGUCUAUCCCUCACGAGGAUGAAGCGACACUCCUGCCGAGGUUUGUGGGAAGGUGGCCACCCUUUUGAUUACCCACCCCCGCCCAGCGUGGGGGGAUGUGGUCGGCGCCCGUCCCCUUCUGCAUGUCUGAGGCCACCGGCAACUGCCGCCCCCGUUCAGAUCUGCCCUGACCCAGUUUUUGAAAGCCCCUUAUUUAUAACUUUUAUACUUUGCCCAGGCCAUGGCGCUUCCCCAACAUCCCCAGGUCUCACAGGGCAGAGGCUGUUUUUAACAUGUCCGUUUGUAUUGAUGUAUGAACUCGUCAAUAAACACAAUCAUUUGCUAA